UCAGGAGGAAAAAAGGGUUGUCUUGUGAUGGUGGGGCGGGUCAACUGUAUUGGGUCUACACAGCUAGCCGUCGCCUAUUCAAUGUAUUACUGAAAAUUGAGAGGGAUAAAAGUGGAGGGGGUGAAACAGAAAUAUGGCGAAUGUUGAUGGAGAUGAAAUUUGUCCGGCGUCCCCCUCGCUGGUUGCACCGUCGUCUCGAAACGGAUCCGGUAUUGGUUCAGCUGCAGUCAGUCCCGAAGGCCAAACGGCGACCACGAUUACAUCGGGUCCACGGAUGGUACGAAUUGUGAAGUCGGAUUCUGGCUAUGGAUUCAACGUUCGGGGACAAGUUAGCGAAGGAGGGCAACUACGGAGCAUUAACGGGGAGUUGUAUGCCCCUCUUCAGCACGUCAGUGCUGUUUUGCCGGGAGGGGCAGCAGACCGAGCUGGUAUCGUGAAGGGAGACCGGAUUCUGGAAGUGAACGGCAUCAGUGUGGAGGGUGCCACGCACAAGCAGGUGGUGGACCUGAUCCGGGCCGGCGAGCGGGAGCUGGUGCUGGCCGUUCUGUCUGUGCCGCCCCUGGAGGCAGACGGGCUGGACCAGGGAGACGAGGCCGGCGGCCAGACCUGCUACGACUACAGCGACAAGCAGGCCGUGCCCAUCUCCGUGCCCACCUACAAACACGUGGAGCAGAACGGAGAGAAGUUUGUGGUGUACAAUGUGUACAUGGCCGGAAGGCAACUGUGCUCCAAGCGCUACCGGGAAUUUGCCAUCCUGAACCAGAACCUGAAGAGAGAGUUCGCCAGCUUCGGUUUUCCCAAAAUUCCCGGCAAGUGGCCCUUCUCCCUGUCGGAGCAGCAGCUGGAUGCCCGUAGGAGGGGUCUGGAGGAGUACCUGGAGAAAGUGUGUUCGGUGAGGGCGAUCGGGGAGAGUGACAUCGUGCAGGAGUUCCUGUCCGAGUCGGAUGAAAACUAUAACGGCGUGUCAGACGUGGAGCUGCGUGUGGCUCUGCCAGACAAGACCACCGUGUCUGUGAGGCUGCCCAAGAACAGCACCACUGACCAGGUGUACCAGGCGGUAGUGAUGAGAGUGGGAAUGGACAGCAUCACAGCCAGUUACUUUGCCCUGUUUGAGGUCAUCAACCACUCCUUCAUGCGUAAGCUGGCCCCCAACGAGUUCCCCCACAAGCUGUACGUGCAGAACUACACCUCGGCCGUCCCGGGAACCUGCCUCACCCUGCGCAAGUGGCUGUUCACCAUCGAGGAGGAGGUGCUGCUGAGUGACAACCAGCUGGCCAUUCACUACUGCUUCCACCAGGCCCUGGAUGAUGUGAAGAGGGGAUUCAUCAAAGCGGAAGACAAGUCCUACCAGCUGCAGAAGCUGGCCGAGCAGGGCAAGAUGGUUAUGUACCUGAGCAUGCUGCGCUCGUGUGAGGGCUAUAACGAGAUCGUGUUCCCACACUGCUCCUGCGACUCCCGCCGCAAGGGCCGCGUCAUCGCCGCCAUCGGAGUGCGCCACUUCAAACUGCACGCCUGCACCGAGGAGGGCACCGUGGAGAACCAGGUGAUCGUGUUUGAGUGGGGGGAGAUGCAGCGCUGGGACACAGAUGAGGAGGGCAGCUUCUGCUUUGAGUAUGCCCGCGGGAGAAGAAAACCGCGCUGGGUCAAGAUCUUCACCCCAUACUUCAAUUACAUGCAGGAGUGCUUCGAGAGGGUCUUCUGUGAACUCAAGUGGAGGAAAGAGGUGGAAGAGGAGGCUACCGACAAGGACAACAAGAACUGCAGCAAAGAUGAAUACCUUCCCUCCGUGGAGGCUCAGAAGGGGUGGCGGCACGUGGGGAGCGAGAUCGCCACUUAAAAACGGACUCAACGCAACCGCAACCGCAACCGCAACGUCACCAUCCACAAACCGCCAAACCCGAGGAGAUCACGAAGGUGGGAGAGAGAGACGAACCGCUCCAGCAGGACCGCAAAUCCCAGAAACCCCCCUUUCCCCCCCCCCCUCCCCCCUCCCCCCUCCCCCACGCGUGCGGAGAAACCCAAAACCGCAAAGGGGGGCAUACGCAUCGAGCCUUCAUUACAUCAUCAAGUUUUUAAUGAAUUAAUAAUCGUUAGAAUCCUCCAUACGCCACUUCGCUUCGUGGGCUGGACUCGACGUUGUGAUGUGUUUUUGUGCAUUGUGAUUGGUCGAGGAGAAGGAGACCGCAUCCGCCGCGACGCGGCCGGUCGGCCGGCGGAAUCGGGCCGGUGGUUGAGAGGAGACCUACGUCUGCAGUGCGAUUGGUCGAGCGGAAACCGGCCUCUUAACGCGAUUGGUCCAGGUCAUUGUGAAUAUGUACAUCUUAAACUUUGGGACUCGCUUGGCAUAGGGAAGGAGAGAUGGACGUGUUGAGAUGAGGGAAGCUUUCACGGAGGCUGGAAAAGAUGGAGAGAAAAGAGGGGGGGAAAAAAACCCCCAAAAUCCUGUCAUCCCCGUGAAAGUGCGUUAAAGGCAGAAUGGAGAGAUAACAGAAUUCAGAAAUGACAUGAAUGGUGGGAGGGAGCCUUGGAAACUUCUUCUGAAAUUGUAAAGGAAAAAAAAAAGUAGA